AUGAUAACGUGGAUAUUAAUUUUUAUUAUUGUCUUUACAAGAUUUACCACAUGUCAGAAUGGAUUUGGUUACAAAACUCCACCUAUGGGAUGGAAUCCUUAUAAUUCUUUUGGUCUUAAUUAUAAUGAAGCAAUAAUUAAGCAACAUGCAGAUACUAUAGCCAGUGAAGGCUAUUUGGAAGUUGGUUAUAGAUAUAUAAAUCUUGAUGAUGGCUGGCAAGCAUAUUUUAUAAGAAAUAUAUUAGAUAAGAAAAAACUAGUUCCUGAUUUAAUUAAAUUCCCUUCUGGAAUAAAAGCUCUUGCAGAUUAUAUACAUGAUAAAGGCUUGCUUUUUGGAAUUUAUUCAGAUGCUGGAACUUUAACUUGUGGUGACCGUCCUGGGUCACUUGACCACGAAUAUAUAGACAUACAAACAUUCGUAGAAUGGGGUGUUGACUAUUUAAAGUAUGAUAAUUGCCACGAUCAAGGAAGACCUACACAACUACGUUAUAAAGUAAUGGGAGAUACAAUUAAUUCUGUAGCCACAGCCGCAGGCAAAAAUAAGACUAUUUUCUAUAGCAUCUGUGAAUGGGGGACAACUAAACCUUGGUUGUGGGGAUCUGGUGUCGGAGGCAAUAGUUGGAGAACAACUGGUGACAUUAAUGCAUCCUGGCCAUCGAUUGUAUCAAUAAUAGAUUCACAAAUAAGUAUUACAGGAUAUGGAGGGCCAGGAGGUUGGAAUGAUCCCGAUAUGCUUGUAUUAGGUUUUGAUGAAAUAACUUAUGAUGAGCAAGUAACACAUUAUGCAUUUUGGUCCGCCAUGAAGGCCCCUUUAAUACUUGGAUGUGAUCUUACUAAGAUUAGUGAUACAUCAAAAGCAUUAAUAUUAAAUAAAGAUAUAAUUUCUAUAAAUCAAGAUUCUCGUGGAUUAUCAGUAUGUCAGGUUUACAAUAAAACUGAUAAUAAAGCUUCUUUUGAUAUUUGGACUGGACCACUUAGUGAUGGAUAUGUUGCAAUUUUAUUUAAUCGUGGAAUAGAACCAAUAAGUAUCACAUUAGAUUUUGAAAAUCAUUGCCACCUUACAGGUACUAUUGAGGUUUAUGACCUUGUAAAACAACAAUCUAGAGGAGACUUUACAAAUAAUUAUACUGCAGUAAAUAUUCCAAAACAUGGUGUAGAAUUUAUAAAACUCAUUGGUGGAAAUAUUAUUGACAAUAAUC